GCUGCUACCUUCUGGCGUUGGACCCGGCCGCGGCGUCGUCACCAUGUCCCUGGCGGCCUCGGCGGGCCGGGGCCCUGGGGCCAUGUGGUCCCCAACUCACGUACAGGUGACGGUGCUGCAAGCGCGGGGUCUGCGGGCCAAGGGCCCCGGGGGCACGAGCGACGCGUACGCGGUGAUCCAGGUGGGCAAGGAGAAGUACGCCACCUCGGUGUCGGAACGCAGCCUGGGCGCGCCGGUGUGGCGAGAGGAGGCCACCUUCGAGCUGCCGCCGCUGCUGUCCGCCGGGGCCGUGCCCGCGGCCGCCGCCACCCUGCAGCUCACCGUGCUGCACCGCGCGCUGCUCGGCCUCGACAAGUUCCUGGGCCGCGCCGAGGUGGACCUGCGGGAGCUGCACCGGGACCAGGGCCGUAGGAAGACGCAGUGGUACACCUUAAAAUCCAAGCCAGGAAAGAAGGACAAAGAGCGAGGAGAAAUUGAGGUGGAUAUCCAGUUUAUGAGAAACAAUAUGACAGCCAGCAUGUUCGACCUGUCCAUGAAAGACAAGCCUCGGAAUCCAUUUGGAAAACUCAAGGACAAGAUCAAAGGGAAGAAUAAAGAUAGUGCAUCAGAUACAGCUUCUGCCAUUGUCCCCAGUGUGACACCCUCAGUUGACAGUGAUGAUGAGUCUUUUUCAAAAGACAAGAAAAAGAAAUCAAAGAUCAAGACCUUGUUUUCCAAGUCAAAUUUGCAGAAAACAUCCCUUUCCCAGUCCAUGUCUGUCCUGCCAACUUCGAAGUCAGACAGAGUGCUGCUCCGUCCUGGAGACGUUCAGUCCCGGUGGGAGGAUGACGAUAACGAGGAUGAAUCCUUCUCUGCCUCGGACACCAUGUCCCAAAAGAGAGCAGCAACUGCAGACCCUAAGCAACUGAACCAGAUCAACUUUAGCCUUCCCAAGAAGGAAGGACUCUCCUUCCUUGGGGGUCUUCGGUCCAAGAAUGAUGUUCUUUCCCGCUCUAACGUCUGCAUCAAUGGGAACCAUGUUUACAUGGAGCAGCCAGAGACCAAGGACAGCAGCCCUUCUAAUUCUCCAUCCCCCCAGGGCUUCAGGAAGAAGCAUUUGUUCUCAUCCACCGAAAACCUGGCUGCUAAGUCUUGGAAAGAGCCUGGGGAAGGAGGCAGCAUGUCUUCGGAAAGGCGGCUAUCUGAGACCUCCACCAAGGACUCUCCAAAGUCCAUGGACUCCGUGAAGUCCAUGACUCUGCCGUCCUACCGACCACUCGCUGGUGGGGGCACUAAGGAAACCAUGGCUCCAGCAAACUUGGAGGCUGCAAAAGAAACCAAAGACAGCAAGAAGGCAGAGAGCAAGAAGUCCUCUUUGCUUUCUCUGGUGACCGGAAAGAAGGACGUUGCUAAGGGCAGUGAGGGUGAAAGCCCCUUGUCUGACCUGGGGAAGGAGAAGGAAGGCACUCUUACAGAAGCCCAGCCCAGGGAGGAAGACCUUGUGAGAAGGUCUGAGAGAGAUGCUGUGGCUCUUGCCUUCAGCCAGGGCAACUCCCUCAAUCCCUUUGAAGAGGUGCAGAUCUCAGAACCUGAAGCUGGACCAGAGUCCAAGUCUGAACCCAAGCCACCGGUUCCCGCUGCAAGGGCUCCGCAGACCAAAGCUGUGAAGCCUCGACUGGAAGUGUCUCCAGAGGCUCAACCCAAAGCUGGGCUUCCUUAUUGCCCUGACUCUCCUCUUCUUUUUUCUGGUCAGGCACCUGUCCCUUCUGAAGUGGAGACAGAGACACAGUCCUCUGAAAGUCCCUCUGUCUUCUCCUCUUUCUCAUCCCACAUAGCAGCUCCCAUUUCCACAUCCACUCCAAUUGAAUGCUGGCCCCCCAUAGGCAAGGGUCAGGCCAGUUCUGAAGAACCAGCUUUGCUCCUUAAAGCAGAUUUGCAAAAGGAGAGUGUGACAUCGGUUCCAGACACUGGCUCUUCUGCCUCGGAAUUGAUAUGCAAACAGUCACCCAUCCCAGUGUGGGAAGGGAUGGAAGAUUGUCCAAGGAGCAAGACCAGUGAGUCAGGCACAGGGAAGGAAGCCAUCAACGACGAAUCCAGAAGGUCUCUCCUGGGGCAGCCUGAUAUGGGGCAGCAAGAACUUCUGAAGGUUUCCUCCCUGGAGCGAGAAUGUGUCUCCUCACCUGAAAAGGCCCCAGAAGUACCACUUGCAUUUUCACUCAGCAGUGGUGGAAUCACCACUGCCAGGAAGUGUCCCAUUGUGGGAGACACGGACUCUGAGGGUCAGUCUAGGUCUUUCGUGGAGAACAGAGCUAAGGGUGGCGGAAUGACUCCCACAACCAAGGAAGCAGUGCCCUCCCUUCAGAUGGGAGAGGCAGGCCCCCCUCUUGAUGCUGUGAUGCAGAAGCAUGAAGAGAUGGAUCUGAAUGUCAGUGAAGGCCCAAAGAAAGCCAAGAAGCGUGUAUCUUUUUCUGAGCAGCUCUUUAUGGAGGAGGAGGUAGAGAAAAGUCAUCCCCAGGAGCUGACUUGUGAGGGAGCUGCUGCUGGAACCACAUCCAGUGCAGAGCCUCCCAGCUCUCCCCACGCAGAUGACGCAGAGAAUCAGCCCGUGACCACAGAAGAUCAGGUUGUCCCUGCUUGUGAGGGGAGUUUCUCAGAAGGCUCCAUGAGUGUAGCAAGCUUGGCGAAAGGCACCCCACUCUUUAAGACUGAGGAGGACAGUACCCUUAUGUCUCAGUAUCAGAGCAAAGCCGGUGAUAAUGAAGGCCUGCUGUCUGAGCCCCUGAGUGGCCUUCCAUCUGCCUCAGAUGUGAAGUCUCCCAUCAUGGCUGACCUGAGCUUGUCCCUUCCUUCCAUUCCUGAAGUGGCAUCAGAUGAUGAGACAGUAGAUGAGGCUGAAGACAACGGGAAGACAGCAAAGCUAGCAGCACCGGAAGCAGGCAUAUCACCUCCCUGUCCUGAGAAAGCAAAGGGGCUGAGUGAAGGGGCACAUGGGUCCCUGCCCAAGGAGGGUCUGUGUGACUUCAGUCCUAAAGCCCCCAGAGCAGCUCCUGAAGACCAGACAGCAGCUUUAGGGAUGCAUAAACCACAUCUUGGCAAGAACUCAAGCAUGGAUAAGCAGUUGCCAGGCUCUAGCACUGGUGAGGAAGAAAAGCUAAAGGGAAGCGGGAGGCCCAGUCAGCCUCCUGGCUCGACCCUGGACUCUCCUGUGCCUAGCCCCUCCCUUUCUGAGACCUUUCCUGCCAUACAUUCUUUCCCCAGCUCUCCACAUUCCCACACUCACCACACCAGUACAGCAGAAUCUCAAAAAAAAGCAACAGCAGAGGGCUCCGCUGGUAAAGUUGAAAAUUUUGGCAAGAGGAAGCCGGUUCCGGCCUGGGUGUCACCCUCAGAGACACAUCCAUUCCCAGCUCAGCCAAGCACAGGAACUGGGGCAGCCAAGCACAGACUUCAACCGGUGAAGCCAAUGAACACGACAGCCACCAAGAUCAGUAACUCCAGCUUGGGAACUGCCACCAUCAUCAGUGAGAACAUGAUCAACGAAGCCAUGAUGAAGAAAUACAACCCCUCGGAUCCUGCUUUUGCUUAUGCACAGCUGACCCAUGAUGAGCUGAUCCAAUUGGUCCUCAAACAGAAGGAAACAAUAAGCAAGAAGGAAUUUCAGGUUCGUGAGCUGGAAGACUACAUCGACAAUCUGCUAGUCAGGGUCAUGGAAGAAACCCCCAACAUCCUCCGUAUUCCGGCUCAGGUUGGCAAAAAAGCAGGAAAAAUGUGAACCACCAGAUUAAAACACUGAGAUGUUUCUGCAAGCUUGUUUCCAUCGGCUCUUCAGGUCAAGGACUUGGUCUGCCUGAUAACCAGCCAACAGGCUCCCAAUCUCUAUCUUCCUUGCAUGUUAUCUGUCAAGAUUUAAUUCUAUCAAUUGAUACCAGGUUAAUUAUUACAAUGAAUCUUUUACUGUAUAUUCCCAGGGUUUUAUUUUUAAAUGCCACUACUGUGCCUUUAACUAGGUUGUAAAUAUUGUAUGCCCACCAGAGAAAUGGUCAUAAGACCUGACCCUGAGCCAGACAUUCAGAUGGUACUGGAGGUACUAAUGUGUUUUAACACUGAGGUUUCUUUGAUACUGAAAAUUUUCAAAUAUGUACCUCCAGGCAUUAAAACUUAGGGUGAAAUGAGAACGAGACCACACAAUUGGUACUGUGUUAUGCCUAAUUUCUUGGCCUUUGAGCAGCACAGGUGUGGAUGUUGGCUCCAGAUGCUUAAUUUUGAUAUCAGAUGAACUUACAAGACUUCUCAGGCUUGGUUCUUUUGGGUUUUUUUUUUUUGACUGGAGCAGAGCCAUUUAGGUAAAGCCUAUGAGUGUGUCUCUUAGACUCUAACAAGCUGCCUCUUCCAAAAAAAAAAAUCAGUUCCCAUCAUCUCUGGCUUUCAAAUGUGCUCUUUAGAUCCAUGGGGCCUUCUGGUGAUACAAAAAUGUAGAAAAGGGAAUUGAAGAAUUACUUUUCACUCAACUAGGGGAAUUUGGUCAAAGUUCCUCUUCUUAUGACAGUAGGGUUCCUGCUAGCUGGACUGGCCUGUUCAGUGCCUUGGUAAGAGAUAGGUGAGCUUACUAAAACAGUUCUAUGAGGUAGAGAAUAAUUUUAGUAAGGUUCCUUUGGCUAUUUCCAUUAGUGCCUUUGUUUGGCUUGCUGGUUUCCUUGGCAGCAUUUCCUGGAGGUGAUGGGUCCCACCAACAGCUCAAGAUAAAGAAGGUUGGUGGUGUAGCUCAGUGGUAGAGUGCUUGCUUAGCACACGCAAGGCCAAGGUUCCAUCCCCCGCAGCGCAAUAACAAACGAAAAAGGAGGGGGCAAGUAUAAACCCCUUAAUGGUGUAGGCCAUGAGGAACCACAGACUUUGACCCUGGGGACUUGAAAUGCAUCCACACACCUUGCCUUCUGGAUGCUGCCUGUCCCUGCCCAAAAGGAAACCCAAGUUACUUCUGGAAUACUGGGGAAGUUGUACUGAAGGGUUUAGUAAAGUUUAAAGGCCAGUAGAGAACAGAAAUGCUUCAUCCUUUAAACUGUUGCUUCUAUUCUUCAUGAAUAGAGACUGACAGGUAUUUUACUUCCUUGUUAGGAAGUUGUGAGGAGCAGAGCUAGGGAUGUAGCUAAGUGGUAGAGUGCUUACCUAGAAUGCAUGAAUCACUGAGUUUGAGCCAUAGCACUGCAAAAAUAAACAAACAAAAGAAGCAAGAAGAUGAUACUUAUUUUUGGAUUGCCGUUCUUUUGUUUUAUAUGAAACAGGGUCUCACUAUGAGUGUAAUGAGACCCUGCUGCCUCAGCUUCCUGAGUGCUGGAAUUACAGGUGCACACCAUCACUCCUGGUAGAUUGCUGUAUUUUUAAAACUAGAUUAACGUGCAUAUUUUUUAAAAUUAGGGCACUGGCCCCCUUCUUAACUAAUAUCUGCACACCAGGUUUUUCAGGUAAUUUCACUGUUGGUCACCUCAUGCUGAAAUUAGUAUAUUUCAUGUUGUGUGUAUUUUUUUUCUCCUGCUUGAGAUAUAAUCUCAUCACAUCUUGGCAUCUCUCCUGGGGGAAGAAUUAUCACAGGCAGUGGUCUGGGCAGGGUUGAGAUGGUGACAGUAAUUAAAUCGAGAAUCUCUUCUGUAUAUGUCCCCAUUAUCUUGAGGGUAAGAAACAAGAUGACUGGCAGCUGAAUCCCUUUUCAGGAUUGCGUUUGCUGCCACACUGGUUAUAUUGGAGCACUUUAAUCUGAAGGUGAUACUGUAAGUUGAUUUAUCUAAGUAGCUUUUAAUACCCACAGCUAUUUAAUUUAAUUUAAUUUAAUUCUUCCUCCAGUACUGGGGACCACUGUAAACUUCUCAGAUGAUGUAUUUUUGUAGUGCUAUAAAAAUUUAUUGACAUGCUUAUAAAGAAAACUGUAUAUCCACUUGAACUCUGAAAAUGUACAUGUAUAUAUCUGUUCUGCAUCAUGUUUUUUUACUUGAUAUAAAUGUAUUACUGUGACAACUCAAGGGUGCUGGGAGAGCAGGUGUGCUGAGUAGUUCUCUUCCUUGGAAGAGCUGGCAUGGAGACCUGCCUUGUUCAUGAAGGCCUCAAAGAUAUUUGUUGCUAGGACCUUGGUAUAUAACUUGGUCAGCACUGGGAGGGAUGUCUGGGUGGAGGAGUGAAUUCCUAUGCCCUGAAAUGCCACUUGGGAACUCUGAAGAAUGAAGGACAAUUUAUUUCAAGGGUGUCUGGCUUCUGCCAGAGCUGGAAAAAAUUCAUUUUAUAGCAUUCCUUGAACCUCACCAAGUAGAUAACCUGAGGUCAUUCAGUUAAUGACUGUCCUUGAGGAUUCAAUGGGGACUGGUGGGGAGAGGUCUUAUCUAAGAGAAGCUUUAGCCUGCUGUGAGCCAUUAGCAGAGGUGGGUGGAUAGGAGUACUGGAACUCUUGUAUCUGGCAUAGCCUAAGGGCGUCCAUGGUCUCAGCAAGUAUAGCUGGCACUUGCCUGUAGCUGCCCAGGCGCUGGAGGAAGCUGUGCUCUGGAGAAAUGUGAGCGACUCUUUCCUUGCCCUUGCCUGGCUUCCUCCAGAAAGAACAGCCAGGAUUUUAAGGCAGCAUUGAAUUAAAUACCAGUGAACUUCAAUUGGAGGUCAGCUUCAUGAAAAAAUGUCAGUCACUGAGCUGAUUGUUUCAUAUCAUCUCAUUCCUUGGGCUUUGGCAGAUGUGUUCUGCCCUUCUCUUUUAUUCCAGUGAGAUAACCUUGUUGAGGUAACAGAAGGGAGGAGCAAGCCACUGUACCCUUUGCUAUGUUCACAUCGGUGGGCCCCUGUGGAGGGCUGUGUAAGUGUGCAUGAAGGAGAUGAGCUGUAUGUCUCCGGCUCUCUACCAGUGGGAGCUCAAUGGGGUAGAGAGGGAGGACAGCACAUGAUGCUUUGCUACACACUCUAUUGAGGCAAGAAGCCUGUUAAUGUUAAAUUAUUAAAGAUCUUUCUUCUUUGCAUCCCUUCCUCCAGCCGGCCUUUUUUCUCUUUCUUUUUUUUUGGGGGUGGUGGUGGUGGUGGUUCUGGGAAUUGAACCCAGGGCCUUGUAUAUGCUAAGCACAUGCUGUAUAAACCAUUGAGCUACACGAGAACCCCACUGUUUUGUUGUUGUUGUUGUUGUUAAUUAAGGAUCCCUUAAGGCUGAAAAAUUAAUUGCUUUAGAUGGGGAGCUUUACCUCCUAGUAUCCAUACCAACCUUUUCUGGAUUCUCCUGUCCACCAUGUGAGUAAAUGAAUUGACUUUCCUCCUCCAACUGCAGGAUCACCCAGCGUUUCUGCAUUACAGAAUUAUUAUUUCCUGCUUUGUUACUUUGGGGAGUUUGAAUUUCUUUGGGUUUGUUUUUAAGAAGUAACCUAAAAGUUCCUACAACACUAAAUAAAAUGGUUUUACCUUUCAAAGAUUUGUCUCUGUACUUUAGUACAUGUAUGAUAAAAGUUUUUUUCUGGACAGGUGCUGGUUGUUCACACCUGUAAUUCUAGCUACUUGGGAGAGUAAAUAGUU